AUGAAGGGCAAGAGAAAGAAAGGGGGUGGUUCAUCGAGCGAGGUGAGAGAUUCUCAGAAGCGCCAGUCAAGCAGCAAGGUCGAGAAGGGAGGGAAACCGUUCCAGCAGCAGAAGCUAACGUUCGAUCUGGUGGAUUUGGACGACCCGGUGAGCGCCAGUCAGGCCACGAGUUUCACCUCUACUCAAGCUUGGCGCAUUCCCAACCGCAAGUCGCAUUCCGAAGCCGUCCCGCUAUCCGGCACCUCGCCACGCACUGGCAGCCCGAGCUGUGUCAGUGGUGACGUGUCACCUGGCGGCGGGGAUGGCGAGGGCGGGAUGGGCGCGGGGCUGUGGGUGGAGCGGUUCGCGCCCAAGUGGGAGGACGAGCUGGCCGUGCACCGGAAAAAGGUGCAGGAGGUGUCACAGUGGUUCGACGCGCAUUUCGGCCCACCCGUCAUGCACAGGCCGGUGCAGCAGAGCAAGGGAAAAGGGAGCAAGCAGAAGGCGGCAGGAGGGGGGCACAAGGGCGAUGCUAGUACAAAGCAGCCCAGCAAGGUGCUCGCGCUGGUGGGACCCCCGGGAUGUGGAAAGACGGCGCUGGUGCACGUGGUGGCAGCAGCACGGGGAGUGACGGUGCAGGACUGGCAGGCGCCCGUGCCACUGCUGUGGGACGACCGCCGCCACAUCCGCUCCUCCCAGGCUGCUGCUGGUACGGCCCUCAAGCCCUCCAUGUGCCUUCCACUGCUCUUUACAGCCCUCAGAGAGCGCAGCAGCAGCAGGAACAGCGGAGAAAGGGGAUGCAAUGCAGCAGUGUCAUGCCCCUUGCCCCCCACCUCUCUGGCUUCAUUGCCUGUUUCAGCGGCCGAGAGGCAGACUACAAGUCGUGGGAGGGGCGUUGUGCAGCGACCAGAGGGAGUGAGAGAGGGGCGGAGAGGGGAGAAGACGGGGCGUGAGGAAGCGAAAGCUGGUGGGACGAAGGGGAUGGAGGGGAAUAGUAAGGGUAGGAGGAGCAACAGUGUUGAGUCCUGGGAGGGUGUUGGGGAGACGCGUGAUGGCGAUGGUGAUGAAGCUGAUGAGGAGGAGGGUGGUGACGAUGAGGAGUGGCUGCCAUCAUUCCGCGAAUCGAGUGAUGCUCAUGGUGCUCGGGGCAAGGCCAAGGAGAAAAAACAGGUGGUAAAGCGUGGAAGCCAGGACGGCAGCGCACCAGGUGCUGUGGUGAGUGGACGGCAUGUGGGAGCAUCUGCGGUCCCAUCGUCCCCUCUGCUGCCACCGUCACCGCCAGCUUUACCGGCACCGCCAUCACCAUCCACCUCGCUCUCACCCGCCUCCCCAUCACGCCAUGUGCUUCUGAUCGACGACCUGCCAUUCGUGUCGGGGCGGCAGCGCUGUGACGCGCUGUGCCACGCCAUGCACUCGCUGGCCACUGCCUCGCAUGUGCCGGCUGUGGUCGUGCUCUCCCUCCCCACCACGUCCACCUCCGCUGCCAGCGCCUCUGCUCCAGGCGGUGCACGUGGAGGGAUGCGAGGCGAGUGGAGGCAGGGGGAUGGGGCGCCCACGCGGGAUGUGCUGGAUGCGUUGAUGAGUGGAGGGGCUCACAAGGUGGAGUUCAACCCCAUAGCACCAGGCGCCAUGCACAAGGCGCUGGCAGCCGUGGCAGCGGCGGCAGGAUCCCCGCUAGCCGCCCCGGCUGUAGCGGCUGUGGCGGAGAGCAGUGCAGGGGACCUGCGCCAUGCCAUCUCGCAGCUACAGCUGCUCUCCCUCUCCACCCGCCGGCCCCCCAGCCACACGUGGGACCCUGGGGGUGCUGCUGCUGGGGGCAGGGGCAGCGUGGGGAUGGGGGAAGGGGGGGAACAGGGAUGUAGUGGGUCAAAAAGUGAAGGGACGGAGCAGGGGAAAAGGAGGAAGAAGAGGAAGGUGCAACAAUCGCGAGGUUCAACUGAGUUGGUGGAUUUAACGCAUUGUGAGUCAAGUGGUGGAGGAGAGGAAGAGGGCGGAUGCAACAGAGGGGUGUUGAGACAUGGGAGUGGUGGUGCUGCUACUGCUGGUGCAGGGGGGAGCAGUGGAGGUGCAGAGGAUGCAGCGGUGGGUGCAGGUCGUGACGACCCGCUGUCUCUCUUCCACGCCGUGGGAAAGUUCCUCCACAAUAAGCGCCUCCCUGCAGCCCAGCACAAGGCAGAAGCAGAGCAGCGGAGUGAGCGUGAGUGGGUGGCGAAUCCACUCAGGUGGCAGCAGUGGGGGCAGUCCAGCUCACAGCAGGUGAUCACAGGGGACAGUCAUCAGUGCGCUCCUGGCCCUGAUGCACCUAUAGGCAAUGCUGGUGAUGGUGGCAUGGAAAGCAGUGGUGGUGAUGGGGUGAGUGGAGGCAGUGCAGUGGCGGUGCGGGAGGAGUUGCAGCGAGCGGCGGUGGACAUGGAGGCAGCAGAGGUGAUCAUUCAACGCUCCCAGAUCGCCCCCAUGAAGCUCUGCUGCUACCUGCAUGAGAACAUGUUGGACAUGCUGCAUCCAUGUGACGGCCUGGAAGCUGCGGUGGGUGCAAGUGCUGCUCUCAGUGACGUGCUUACGCUCCUCUCCUCCUCCUCCUCCUUGCACCUCUCCUCGUGGUCUGGUGGCAGCAGUAUGGCAGCAGAUGGCGUGGGUGGGGGGGAUGAGGAUCUCUCACCUGCAGCAGUGCGUGCAGCAGCAGCAGCGUCCGUGGCAGCCAGGGGAGUCAUGUUCUGGAACACUCAGCCUGCUCCCAAACGGUUCUUUGCCUUUCGCUCACCAGUUGUUUGGGCCACUGAAGCACAAAUGCGCCGCAAUAAGGCAUCACUCCUGGAGUUGCGGUCAGAGUGCUUUACUCUUGCAGCAAGCCAAAGCUUGCCACUUGGCUCUCUCAGGGGCAAUAGUGCUGACAUUGCAUCUGACAUCAGCGUGGCACGGUUACGUUCGCUGCAUGGUUUGCUGCAAGAAUCUAUGGGAAGGCAGGGUUGCACCUCGCCCGUGGCAGCUAGGAGCGCACGUCUGUCCUCUUCAUUCCUCGCCGUGCCGCUACGCCGCCAUGCCAGCGCUUCGCGAGCUGUCGUGGCAGCACCGCACAGGAGACCAGAUGUGCGGGCUAGCUUCGACGCACCGAGCUCCGGCGCACUUACGCCGGAAUUAAAGUCGGCACUAGAUAAGUUCAUUUCGGAGAACAAAGUUAUUCUCUUCAUGAAGGGCAACAAGCAGUUUCCGCAGUGCGGCUUCUCUAACACCUGCGUUCAGAUCCUCACCACGCUGAACGUGCCGUUUGAGACUGUCAAUAUUCUUGAGGAUGACCGGCUACGACAGGGCAUGAAGGAAUACAGCAGCUGGCCUACUUUCCCCCAGCUAUAUAUCGAUGGGGAGUUUUAUGGCGGUUGUGAUAUUACUAUCGAGGGUUUCCAAAGUGGGGAGCUGAAAGAGACCAUUGAGAAGGCUCUGCUAAGCUGA